AUGCACAGGUUCAUGACAGACGGUCUCGAAAACGACGACAAGUAUCGCAUGGUCGAGGACGAGCUCGUCACAAUCGCAGGCCACUUCACAGCACACCUCCACGCAGCAGAAUACCAGCGCCUCAAAGCCCAAACACGCACCCAAAACGCAGAAACCAUCAAGACCAUUUCCCGCCCCGUCGUCGGCUCCCUCACCGAGCUCGCGCGCAAACGUCAGGAGGAGCUGCUCCGUAAGAGGAAGCAGCGCGAGGCGCUGCGCCGCGCAAAGAGGGACGCCGGCCGCGACGACGAGGAAACUGGGGAUGAGACGAGCGUGCCGUGGCGGGGUACGUCGCUGCAGGGGCUCAUGCAUAGUCCCAAGAAGAAGGAGGUGCCGCUGAUGGCGCUGACGAGGACGGAUUCAGGGGUGAGGACAUCGGCUUCGGGGCUGUUUGGGGGCGUGGUGAGGUCUUCUCAGAGUAAAAGGCCGGCGGCGCCGGCGAAGAGGAGUACGCCAGUGGAUGAGACGACGACGGAAGAUGAGAGUGAUGACCUUGGAGGACCUGUCAAAGCUUCAGUCAGGAGGGACACCAUCCACAUCCACUUCAUCAACAAACUUCUGGCGCUCCAAAACCAGACUUCGCACCCCCAGCAUCCUUCUGAGAUACGACAGGAAACGUCCCAACCCCCGAGUAUGGCUUCGACGAUGGAAGAGGAGAUUUACCUCGCCAUGCAACAUGUCUUCUCCAAAAAGCACGCCGAGAUCCGUCACCCAAAACCCAUCCAACGCAGAAUUCACGCUUGCUUGGGCCCAGCGAUCAAAGCCCUUGACUUGAAAUAUACUCGGCCAGUCGUCGUCAGUACGUGCCAGAAACUCCUGGAGGAGAAGAUCUUCGAAACCAAAUGGAAGGCCGAGCAGCGGUUUCCUCAGUUGUUCCAACAACUCCCGGCUUCAGCACAAGUAGUAGCUACACCAGCGAAUGCGCCAGAGACGCCGGAAGCUACGAGACAGGAGAUAGAUUGGAAGGAGAAGAUUGGGGCGCUCAUUUCUGAGAGAAAGGCGGAAAGGACGUCUCGGCUGCAAGCCGCUAUUGUAGGUCCAGGACGAGAUGCUGAAGGAAGUAUGGCAGUUCCGGGGUCUUACACUAGUCAGGCUACAGCGGACGUGGGCGACGCGGCAAGCAUCACGACAAGCAGCGACACCGUCAUCCCCGAGUCAACGGCAACAGCAACAGCGCGACAGCCACCUAUAGAGACCGCAGAUUUCCCCGUGCUUUCCACCGCCUUCCUAUCAUACGAAGCCCAGCAUGCUCUCUUCGCAAAGAUCCAAAGCCUUCUAGAGAAGGCCUGCUUCGACUACGCGAAGCAGGCGCACCCCAAGAUCCUGGAAGCAGGACAAUGGGAGUCGCCCGAGCGCGUCGAACUUCAGAAAUGGAUGUGGAUCUUCAAAAACGAGGUAUUUGAUACAUUCCAAGCUGAAACGGUGCCCCCGCCGCAUACAGACUGGCACGCCUUCUUCGAAUCGAUCAAGCAGAUUCGGCACAAGGCCGUGCAUCGCGAGGUUCUUUGCGUCGCGGAUGUGAAGGCAUACCUCGCUGACGCGGAGAGCCUUGCGAAGCUGCUGCGGCAGGACGAGUGUCUCGCUAAGCUGGGGUUCUUGAGGGAGGAGACGGAGAUGGUGCUGGCGGUUUCGGAGCGAAAGAAGGACGGGCUGGCGGUCAAGUAUCAGGCCAAGUUUGAUGAGAUUGGGGUGCGGAGAAAGGAGCUGGACGAGAGUGAGAGACGGACGAGGGAGGAGAUGGUCAGAGAGCACCGGAUGAUGCAGAGUGACCUCGGCUUUGGAUUCAAGCUUGCGGUCUCGGAGAUGAAGGAGACGGUGGUUCCAGGGAAGGGAGGUGAAGUGGGAGGGGAUAAAGAAGAAGGCGCGGGCCCCUGGAGACUUAUAGACGGCUUCUGGAAACUGGUUUCUGGCUGGUGA